GAGACCCGCAACAGCAAUUACCAAGCCUUGGUCAACGCCUACUACGAUCUCGCCACCGUCUUUUACGAGUGGGGCUGGGGCUCCUCCUUCCACUUUUCCUACCAACUGCCGCACGAAUCCUUCGACGAGAGCAUCCGCCGGCACGAGUACCAGCUCGCUUCACAGCUCAACGUCUACGAAGCCGAAAACAUUCUCGACGUGGGGUGCGGCAUUGGCGGACCCAUGCGCACCAUUUCCAAGUUGUUGCAGUCGCGCGUCACCGGCGUCACGCUCAACCCUUACCAAGUCACGCGCGGCAACGAACUCAACGCCAAAGACCGGAACGCCAACUGCGAAUCCAUCCAGGGAGAUUUCAUGCAGUUGCCCUUUGACGACCAAGCCUUCGACGCCGCCUACGCCAUUGAAGCUACCUGCCACGCACCCGAUCGCGUGCAGUGCUACGCCGAAGUCUUGCGCUGUUUGAAACCCGGGGCCGUCUUUGCCUGCUACGAGUGGUGUAUGACGGACAAGUACAACGCCAACAACAAGGAACACCAGCGAUUGAAAAAGGAUAUUGAACUGGGCAACGGAUUGCCAGAUAUUAUUGAUCGCGAAGCCUGUCUGCAGGCCAUGCGGGACGCAGGCUUCGAGAUUGUGCGCGCGUCGGACCUUAUGAAUGUCCCGCACGUGCAACCCUGGCAAACGCCGCUGUGUUCGUCGUGGAAUCCGUUGUCCCAACGGUUCCAGUUCAACUGGCUCGGUGGACACCUGACCAACGUGGCGAUUUGGUGCCUGGAAACCUUGUGGUUGGCCCCUCGUGGAACCGUCAAGACCCAAAAGGUCCUGCAAGCUGGUGGCUUUGCUCUCCGCGAUGCUGGAAACGCAGGAAUCUUCACCGUCAUGUACAUGAUGGUGGGACGCAAACCGGAAACGUAA